AUGGGAUCGUCACAGAGUUCUACUCAAGUACACCUAGUAGAUCAACUAGUGAGAUCUGAAAAAAUUUCUGAGCAAACGACUGAAGUCGCAUUAAGAAUGGUUGAUCGAAAAUACUAUAUAAAAACUGCUUCUGAUGUCUAUCGAGAUCUUCCUAUCGUAGUUAGAUGGCGACCAAAUGAAACGGAAAGCGAAGAAGUUGAAAUUCAUUUUUCCUCGUUUGAUAUAAUUGCACGAGUCGUGGAUUUACUACAAAUUAAGCCUGGACAAUCAUUACUUAUAAUCGGCUGUGGGGGCGGAUAUUUAAACACCGUUGCUGGUUUUUUACUAGGGGACAAUGGCUUAAAUCAUGGUGUAGAUGUCAAUCCAAAUGUUAUCAAGUACGCCAAUCACUGCACCAAAGAGUUUAUGGAAGAUUGCCAUUACGUUCAUUCGUUUCCUUUCUGCAAGCCAAUAUUUAUUGCUUGCAACGGAUUUUCUGAUGAGUUUAUAAACUCAAUGCCACGAUAUCGGUACGAUAGAAUCUACAUUAGCUCAUCUGUGAACUCUGAAGAAAUAAAAGACAAGUUUCUAAAGCUACUGAAAGUGAAUGGAAGAAUGGUAUUACCUUUCGAAGAAAAGCUCACAUUAUUCCGACGAACUAGCGACGAUGAGAUAACGCGUACCAACUUUGGUUCUGUAAAUUUUGCAUCCCCUGUUCAUCCUGACAAAGACUACGUUCAUCCACAGACUCCUGAGUUAUUUCGGUACAACCGCGAUAUUACUAUCGAAAGUUCAGAAGUGCUAUCAGAUCCAUUGUGUGAUAAGUUAAUUGACGAGUUAAACUGGGAUUGGGAUGCCGAUGACGCUUUGUCGCAAGAAUGUCGUCUCACAAAACCCACUCUAGAAGUUGGACUUCAACGAGAAAUGAAAUUGGAUAGGAUGCUUGAUGCGACCGACACCGUAGUAAUGCAAGAACUCAAAGAGUUUCAUAAUUAUUUAAAACUACAAAUUAAUCAAGAAGAGGAGAGAUUAGAAGGCAUAAAGCUUGCUGCCCAAUAUGAACGUGAAUGUGAUGGCUACCCUUUUAAGAUGUUCCACGAAAUGUAUUUGAAAACUGUCGCUGAAUUACCUAUUCCGAAAAGAUUGAUCCAUUUCGUAUUGCAUUUUUCCGAAGAUUUCGAAUGGCUUUAG